AUGAAGACCUUUGCCAUCAUCACGGCCGUCCUCGCCACGGCGGUCACGGCGGUGGACAUCCACCUCCAGAACUGGGGCAACUGCGACGACGGCGGCGGCGGCUACAUCUGCUUCGGGUGGAACCCGGACACGUGCUGCAGCGUCAACGCGGGGCUCUUCUUCGCCAGCGUGUCGUUCCGGGCCAUCCCCGGCGAGUGGAACCUGCAGUGCCGCGGGCACGCGGGCCCCAACUGCGGCGCCGUCCGCGAGCAGCAGGACAGCGGCGGCCGCGGCUACGUGUGCCUGGGCAACGGGCCCUUUGGCGGCGGCGGCUACGGCUUCAACAACAGGAAGAUGGUCCGCGGCGUCACCCCGCGCCUGGCCGCCCGCGACGGCGAGUCGGCCGGCUGCGUCGCCCCCAACGUCCUGUACCUCGCCGACGGCACCCAGUACAACUACACCGCCAUCCUCGAGGCCAAGCUGCCCACCGAGGAGCUCGUCGCCCUCAACCAGGCUGGCGCCUCCGUUGCCGAGAUCCCCGAGAGCUUUGCCGCCUUUAAGCUUGCCGAGAAGCUCAAGCUGUAG